AUGCCCCUAUUUUACAACUGUCCUUACCCUUAUGAUCAACCACGUGAGACGACACCGUUUUCUCGUGGAAAAUUUACUUGCGACAACGCCAAAAUUGAAGCUUAUUACUGUAAAGAUUGCGAUUUUAAGACGGAGCUAACAGUUUUGUUCAAAGAACACAUUAAUAAAUAUCAUGGGCGUAAGAGAGAAUCUAGAGACGCUUUAUUAAGUGAGGACUUCCACAUACAAAAUUACAUCUGCGAAAAAUGCGACUUUGAAACAAAUCUCUCGUUGAAGUGGCUUCAGCAUACUUUAACAUGCACGAGAAAUAAAGAAAAUCCUCAAAGUGUGACUUCUUCGUCACAGAAUGACACAUACAGUUUCGAUUUCAAGCGAACUGACGAAACAAGUUGGUAUUACUGUGUGCAAUGUUCCUACAAAGCUAAACUCAAAGAUGAACAUGAUGUUGAAUGGCACAAGUGCAACAAGUGUGUAUUCAAGGCCAAAGCAAAAAGUAAUUUAACGAGUCAUGUAAAAAGACGUCACUUGAACGAUGAAGACGUUAGAUGGUAUAAAUGCAAUGAGUGUCUUUUUAAAACUAAAGCUAAAAGUGAUCUAAAGAAACACGCAAUUAGAAAACAUCUAGACGAAGAAAAAAUUAACUGGCACGAAUGUGAACAAUGCCCAUUUAAAAGUAAAUGUGCGUGGGAUUCAAAAAGGCAUAUUGUUUUUAGACAUUUGGAUGAAGAAAACGUUAAGUGGCAUCAGUGUCAUUAUUGUCCAUAUAAGGCGAAAUCCAAUGCUAUUUUAAAGUGCCAUAUAAAUCAUCGCCAUUUGGAUGAAACUGAAAUUAAAUGGUACAAAUGCCAUGAGUGUCGUUUCAAAACUAAGUAUAAAGUUUGUUUAGAGAGAGCCGCAGUUACAAAACAUCUAGACCAAGAAAAAAUUAACUGGCACGAAUGUGAAAAAUGCUCAUAUAAAACUAAAUAUGCGUCGGAUUUAAAAAGGCAUACGAUUUUGAGACAUUUGGAUGAAGAAAACGUUAAGUGGUAUCAAUGUGUUCAUUAUCCAUUUAAGACGAAAUUCAAUCCUACAUUAAAGUGCCAUAUAAAUAGCCGCCAUUUGGAUGAAACUGAAGCUAAAUGGUACAAAUGCGAACACUGCGAUUACAAUACUAAAAAUCACUCAUCUUUUUAUUCGCACAGAAAGAAACAUAUUGGGAUUUAG